AUGGAUGUCCCCAAUGUUCCUGCCAUUCAUGUAACCUUCAGAGAAGAGGCUAUUGCUACAAUUGGUAAACUGCUGGUCAAACAAUUUCAGGAUCAGAUGAAAACAAUGGUCACCGACGUUGUCGAGGUUGUUAUGCAAAGUUUGACCACCAAAAUUGAGAACAUCGAUCGCUCCCAUCGUAUAGGCAGACCUGUAGUCAGUCGGCAGGAGGGCACAACUGGAAACAGCCCGAAGCCACGAGACAUAAUUAUUAAAUUUGCUACAUAUAGAUCCCGUGCAAACAUGUUCAAACGCAAACCUAACCUCCGUGAGGCUGGCUUCCAUGGUACUUUCCUCAACGAGGACCUUACCAACAUCAGAAGUGAACAUUUUACGAGUGUCGCCGCCUUGUCCCCUGCAAGGCCAUCAACGGUUUCUCGACAACAGGUGGUGUUGUUAUUGUCAAAACUAACGAUAACAAAACUUAUCGCAUCGAAACAAGGAGCUUGUUUAAAUUACAGUAAUAACCUUGACACUCAAACCAUUCACAGAUGGUCUGGAAUGGAUGAUGGGAGAUGCUCGUCAAAGGAGAUCGUCAGCAUCAUCAAGAACUCGCCAAAUAGUGCACUAACUCUUGAGAGAAUACGGCAAACUGAGGUCCUCAUAAUUGAUGAGAUAUCAAUGCUGAGCCGAAGUAUGUUUGAACAAGUAGCUGAAAUAUGUUCUAUUAAAAACCCGGACUUUUUGUUUGGAGGGAUGCAGGUUAUUGUUGCUGGUGACUUUUAUCAGCUGCCCCCGGUACCAAAUAGGUUAUACAGUGACAAUGGGGAAAUGUGUUUUGUAAGUAGAACAUUUCAGAAAGUUCUCCAACACAAAGUAACACUAGAAGAAAUAGUAAGACAGAAAGAUGCAACUUUGUGUAGCAUGAUCAGGAGAGUAUCUGUGGGAAAUGUGGAUGAUGACGUCAUAACAUAUAUGCAAGGUUUGAAUAGACCUCUGUCUGAUACAGAAAGUGAACCAAUCAUGUUAUUCGCAAAUAAUAGACUGGCAGAUGUGCUAAAUAGGAAGAGGAUAACAAGUCAGACUGGAGAAUUGUACGAAUUUCAAGCCAAAGAUGAUGGGAAAAAGUCCCUGCUUGAACAGUUCACAGCUCCAAAGGUUCUUUGGCUGAAAAUUGGUGCGCCAGUGCUUUUGUUACGGAAUUUAUCGCAGAAACUUGUAAAUGGCCUUAGAGGGAUUGUUGUGAAGGUCGAACCUGAUGGUCCAGUUGUGCAUUUCAAACAAGUUAACGUGACAACUAAAGUGAAGAAGAUGACUUUUUCUGGUGAGUUUUACUGCACAAUUGAUUACAAGUUAGGGAUGCUUUAAGUAUAGGGGUCUGUCACAAGUUAA